GGCGUGGGCGCUGCUCCUGCUGACCCUCUACCCGGGCUUUACUAGCCAAAAAUCAGAUGAUGACUAUGAAGAUUAUGCUUCUAAUAAAACGUGGGUCUUGACUCCAAAGGUCCCUGAGGGAGAUGUGACUGUCAUUUUAAACAACCUGCUGGAAGGGUAUGACAAUAAACUUCGACCUGACAUAGGAGUGAAACCAACCUUAAUCCACACAGACAUGUAUGUGAAUAGCAUUGGGCCAGUGAAUGCAAUCAAUAUGGAAUAUACAAUUGAUAUAUUUUUUGCCCAAACAUGGUACGACAGGCGCUUGAAAUUUAACAGCACCAUCAAAGUCCUCCGACUGAACAGCAACAUGGUGGGGAAGAUCUGGAUCCCAGACACCUUCUUCCGAAACUCAAAAAAAGCCGAUGCGCACUGGAUCACCACUCCCAACAGGAUGCUGAGGAUCUGGAACGACGGCCGAGUGCUCUACACCCUGCGGCUGACGAUUGAUGCUGAAUGCCAGCUGCAGCUGCACAACUUUCCAAUGGAUGAACACUCCUGCCCCCUGGAGUUCUCCAGCUAUGGCUACCCACGUGAAGAGAUUGUCUAUCAAUGGAAGCGCAGUUCUGUGGAAGUGGGUGACACAAGAUCCUGGAGACUUUACCAAUUUUCAUUUGUUGGGCUGAGAAACACCACGGAAGUGGUGAAGACAACUUCUGGAGACUACGUGGUCAUGUGUGUCUACUUUGACCUAAGCAGAAGAAUGGGCUACUUCACCAUCCAGACCUAUAUCCCCUGUACGCUCAUUGUUGUCCUGUCCUGGGUGUCUUUCUGGAUCAAUAAGGAUGCAGUGCCAGCCAGAACAUCUUUAGGUAUCACCACAGUCCUGACGAUGACCACUCUCAGCACCAUCGCCCGGAAAUCUCUCCCCAAGGUCUCCUACGUCACAGCCAUGGACCUCUUUGUAUCUGUUUGCUUUAUCUUUGUCUUCUCUGCUUUGGUGGAGUAUGGGACCCUGCAUUAUUUUGUGAGCAAUCGGAAACCAAGCAAGGACAAGGACAAAAAGAAGAAAAAUCCUCUUCUCCGGAUGUUUUCCUUCAAGGCUCCGACCAUUGAUAUCCGCCCACGAUCAGCAACCAUUCAAAUGAACAAUGCCACACACCUACAAGAGAGGGAUGAAGAAUAUGGGUAUGAGUGUCUGGAUGGCAAGGACUGUGCCAGUUUUUUCUGCUGCUUUGAAGACUGUCGAACCGGAGCCUGGAGACAUGGGAGGAUACAUAUCCGCAUUGCCAAAAUGGACUCCUAUGCUAGAAUCUUCUUUCCCACUGCCUUCUGCUUGUUCAAUCUGGUGUACUGGGUCUCGUAUCUUUACCUGUGAGGAGCUUUGGGUCUUUCUGAUAUGGGUCUUACUUGCUGAAUCUCACGGAAAGGUGUCCUUUCUGAGU